AUGCUUGCCCUGAUAAGGAGCUUUCAUCGAGGCAAACGUCUGAAACGCCUAGUUAUUAUAUCUCUCCCGAUUUUACUAUUUGUUUUUUCGUUGCAGUUUGCAGAAAAAUUGGCGUUUCUGAGGUCACAGUCAUCUGAUGCGAUAAUCAACAGUCUAUAUGCGAAAGUUCAUGAUAAUGAUAACGACUCGACCAUAACACUGAGCAAUGAUGACGUGUGUUCAGAAUAUUUCCAGUCGCUAUUUUCGAGAAAUAAUCAAUGGGGAAUCAGAGGCUUUGGGGAUAGCAGAACAUCUUAUUUUUCCAAGAAACGUGUGAUCAACUCAAUUAAGCAUUUGGGGAUCUACAGCCAUUGUUUCAUCAAAGAUUCAGCACCGCAUGGAGAUUUAGAUUUCGACAAAUUAGAACGCAGGCUAUUUCCGGCUUUCACACGCGAGCUACCGACAUUCAACAGAUGGGACGGCUACUCAGUUGAAGGUUUCCCCAAUCUAGACAAACUCCGGACGGCUGAAACCAAAGAUUAUGACGGAAGGAGGACGUCGCAAGUACCGUUUUGGAGACAUGUAAAAGACACCAUGAAGGGAAAGGGAAUUGUCAUUAGUAUAGGGGAAGGCGGUGUCGACGAAGUCAAAAGAUUGCUCAAGGUUUUAAGAGUUUUGCAAAACACACUGCCCAUUCAACUUGUGCACAAGGGUGACGUUUCAGCCUCAUCAAUGCAAGAUAUUAUAACUGUAGGAAGAGGCAGCGUCAGUGUUGAAAAAGAGGAUCGCGUAGGCGAGCUUGGGUAUCCCCAAGACAUUUGGUUUGUAAAUGCGGAAAGGUCGAUAACAGAUGGUAGCUUAAACAUCUUCGAACGCUUUUCCAACAAAUGGAUAGCUUCCUUGUUUAAUUCUUUUGACGAAAUGAUUUUGAUGGAUUCGGAUUCUGUUCCAUUUGUCAACCCAGAAACUCUUUUCGAUGAGGUAGGAUAUAGAGAGACGGGAGCAUUCUUUUUAGGGACCGGCCACUUGACGAAUUUAUCAAACCCAGUGAUGUGAAAUUCUACAAAAAGCUGUUACCAUUGGAAAAGGAGCGCUCUGUUUUCAGAAUGCCACAUUUAACAAAGUUCACCAGUCAAAAUGAACUGUUGAAACUAGGCUAUAAACAUCUAAUGGAGAGUGGUGUGGUACUAAUGAAGAGAAAGAGCCAUUUACCUGGUCUAUUGAUAUCCUCUACCAUGCAGCUAUGGAAAGAAACAAGCGAGCCAGUCUAUGGCGACAAAGAACUAUUCUGGUUGGGACAGUCAAUAUCAGGCAGCGAAGAGUAUCGCUUUAACAAACAUGCGGCUGGCGCGCUAGGUAUCUUGAAACAAGAUGGCGCGGGCAAUAAAGACUACAUUUGCUCAACUCAACCAACUCACUUCAACGAACAGUUUAAACUACUUUGGGCUAACGGGGGACUACGAAAUUGCAAAAAGGCAUCGUGGGAGAUAGAAUUUCAUAAAAUCAAGCCUCUUAAAGAAACACACAAGUCUGUGGAAGAAUUGAAAAAAUACUACGAAUCUCCACUAAUAGCGAAUGGGGCAAUAAUACUACGUCGCUCUAGUCUUUCCCUUUUUCAAAAAUUGAGAGAAACGAAAACUGGAUUUCAAAAGCGUCUUAGUAUGGGAUGCUGUGGCUACGUAUGGUGUGCAUACUACGAUCCAAAUGAGAGUGAAGGGCAUUUGAUUCACUUUAAUGAUAAAGAAGUAAAUAGCAUCAACUUCCUCGCAAAAGUGUGGAGCUCUGCGUAG